AUGGACGCCACGUGGGGCAUCCGUGUGUCGAGUAUGCGACUCAUUAGUAGGAUAUAUGCGAGCUAUAUGCGAGCUAUAUGGAGGCACGCCGCGCAGCCAGAAAUGAAAAAUGGGUCGCGCACGGCCCAUGCGCUCCCCCCGCAAACUCGAUCCCCUGCCCCUAUUACCGUACCCUGCGCGCGCUUUCGUGUUUUCCCAUCCCUGCUGAUACUGCUAGCAGGGGCUUGCAUGACAAAAUGCGCGCGUUCUCGCCAAGGGGAGCGACAGGCUAGAACGGAACGGUCUAGAGAUAGAGUACAAGUACAUGUUCAAUGUAUAGCAGAAGACACUCCGUCCGAACAACUUUUUGACUAUCAGCAUCAUUUGAAAGCAAAUUACUGAUUUUUGCUGUGGCUAAUAGAUGUUCUUCUGUUCAGACGAACUGUUGAGAGGACCGUCUCAUGCUGCUGCCGGAGUGUCAGCAGGAAGAGAAUCAAAUGACUACGUUCUCAAAGUCAGAUUGAACGAGUCAACUGUUUUUGUAGCCUAGACAAAUCCACGGAGCAUUUUGUAUGAAACUUUUAUGAAUGGGAUACUAUUGAAGCUGGGAUAUACUCUACCCAGGGCCAGGACUCAAGCGUUUUCUCCAGAGAACAAGCGCUCACUGUCUAUCGCUACGAAACAUCACUGAGAGAGUUUUUUGACAAGAGAAACCAUCUAAGCAAUAUAUUUUGUAAUUCAUGAUCUGAUUCGUGAUAAAUACACUGCAUCGGCUAUACUUCUGCUCGCAGUUCUGCAGAAUAGUCGCCUUGUAACGGCGGCGACGCUAGCACUUUCUCUCCGCUGUGUACGCAUAUAACUCCCAUUAUGGAUCCCCCGCGAACGGCAGCAGCGAACAGCACUGCGGCAGCCGCUGGGUAAGAUGGGGCACGCGCGAUCCACGCUCGGGCGUCGCCAGCAGAGGCAUAUAUCACACACGCGCGAAGCAUAUUGCCCUGUCGCUUCCCUACGGAUCCAUUAUGCCUGCUAUGUGCGCGCUCAUCCACGUUUCAUCCACGGAGUAUCCAUAAUGGACCGUGCGCGAUUCACCUGUGCCGGCUACACAGGAAAAACGGCAACACUCGGAAAUUACCGGGCGAUCACCGAAUUUACGGUUUCAAGAAGCCGUAAAUUCCGUAAAAUCCGUAAAAUCUGUAAAAUCCAUGAAGCGUACUGUUUUGGCAGGAAUUGAAAACUAGCAUACAAUUCAAUAUAAUUCUGUCUUUUCUAUAGUCCCUAUCGCUUUUUUGAACGUUUUGGUGUCUUUUGAUGCCUAAUCUUGUUCUUACUGAUCAAAUCAGGCAUUUCUGAUUUUAGAGACAAAUAGUACAAAAGUAAUAGAUUUGAGAAAAAUCUCGUUCAUCACAAAAAAUUUGAAAAAAAAACCACCGUUAACGUAAAAUCCUUGCCCUGAUCCCAAAUCAUUGGCAUACAGGCUGUUAUCGGCGGUAGGCAGUACUGUUGUUGUCAUAUUAUUUUUUUUCAUUUCUACGUGGCUUCUCCCAGUAACCUUUGCCUCCAUUUCCACGUGGGAAUUCGGAAAAGAGCAAAGAAUGGAACCAUUUCAAACUUACAUCCUGCUUGUUUAUAGCAAUUAGGAGGUGAGCGUUUUUUAUUUUCCAUUCCUCGCGCAUGUUCGAAUCGAAAAAUACGUUUCAGGACAAAAAUGGGAGACAAGAAACCGACGGUGAAUGCUGCUCCCGCGCCCGCUCCGGCUCCGACCGCCCCUUCCGCUGCUCCAUUCCAGGACGCCGGAGUGAGCACUUUGAUGAACAAGCCCGGAGAGCCGCCGUUCAAACUGGCGCUCAGUCUCAACAAAAUCGAGUUCAAGUGCGCGGACGACCGCAAGCCGGUGUGCGUGCUCGUCAAGCUGCACAAUCCGACGGCCGACCUCGUCUCGUACAAGAUUCGCUGCACGUCGGCCGACAUCUUCCGUGUGCAGCCGCCGAUCGGACUCGUCAAAGCCAACGAGACGGUCGUGAUCGGUUUCUGGUACCAGAACCAGGACAAGAAGGACUCGAUGACCAAGAACCACUACUUUGCCUUCUACCACACUCGCUCCGACGGACGGCAGCCGCGCGAUCAAUGGCUCACCGCGAAGAUCGAGGGCGUCCGCCGUCUGCCCGCCUUCUUCUUGACCAAAUAA